AUGAGCUACAAUGAUUAUGACAAUGAUGGCUACUACGACGCCUACGACGAUGAAUAUUCUACACGUUCUCGCAAGCCAACCAAUUACAGCUUAGGCGUCCCCUCCUACAAUCCCCGCUACAAAGGAUCUAAUUACCGCGAAGAGCCAAUCAAAUUGAGUGCAGAAAAUGACCACGUCAUUAUCCUUGGCUUUGAGGAUUACUGGACUGAAGAUGACCUGAGGCUUGCUAUCGAGACCCUUGGUGGUAGCGUUGAAACCACUACAAUCAUCAAGGAGAAAGGCACUGGUAUCAGCCGUGGUUUCGGUUUCGCUAAAUUCACUUCCACCGCACAUGCCUCCGCUUUCGUCAAACCCCGUUUCCCCAGUUUCCAGUUGCCUGGUUCUGCCCUCACACAGAAGAUCGACUUUAGUGCUUCUGCUCAAGCUAACGAACAGCGGCGGACAGGUCACAACAAAAACGACGGUACCCGCGAUAUUGGUAAUGUUCCCAGUCGUAUCGUACUACUCCGCGGUCUAGACGCCGACAGCACCGAGUUUGAUGUCGAGUAUGCCCUCAAAUGCGCACAAGCCAAGCCUAAACGCGUUGCAUUGAUACGCGAUCGCGAGAAUGACCUUAGCUUUGGCUUCGCUUUUGCAGAAUUCCCAAACGUUGCCGCUGCUCAGGCAUUUAUUGCUAAAACCCUUUCUCCUGAUGUCUACCCAAUCGGGUUCAGAAUACAGGAUAAAUUGGUAGCAUGUACUUUCGCACUCGAGUUGAGUCUUUCAGGCUUAGAGGCACCUAAAGGUCUCAAUGAUGGUAUUCGCUAUUGGGACGGCACCGGGAAGCCGUGGAUAAUAGAUUGCGAUGAGGGCUGGCUCGAAGCUGCGCAGAAAACAAAGAAGAAACAGAAAGUAGACAACGGUACUAGAGGCGUCUUGCACGGCUUGGUACCUCAAGGCCCGCCAUCUAAAGCAGAGCAGAGCAAGAAACCAAAGGCAUUGAGCAAGACUUCGACAGGCCCCAUUAAGAUUGGAAUAGGUGGUGGCGCUGCGAGUGCUCUGGCAUCUGGUUCGGCUACUCCGGCUGCAUCUGCUACGUCUGCUCCGUCUACUGCUGCCCCUCAACACAACCCAGGCAAGCCGAAACACAUCUCUAUAUUGGGACAGGAUGAGUCAGACGAUGAUGAUGUUAGUGGUGUCGAUCCGACCGCUCCUGACGAUAAGUCAAAGAAAACAAUUCCGCAACUAGCUACCAAUAAGAAAACUGCGUCUAAAAUCAAUCUAUGGAAUCAAAAGCAGGGGGAGUUGAGAACGACAAUGAAUGAAAGUGGUGAUGAGACGAAGGCGACGGGUGAGAAUAGAGCAGCAGCAAAUGGACCUGAAGCCGACGCACCAGCGGUCAAUGCAACUCCAGCAUCCAAAGACAGCAAUGAAUUAACAAGCUUUGAUUAUUCAGAUACGUCCAAAAUGGCUUGUUUACUCUGUCAGCGUCAGUUUAAAGCUUUAGAUAUACUGCGCAAGCACACUGCACAGUCCGAUCUGCACAAGAACAACCUCAAGAAUGAGCAAGCGUGCGAAGCGGGCAAGCAGCGUAAAUGGACAAUCAGCCCCAAGUACACUGACAGGGCAGUGAAGCGUCGUGAAGUAUACGGCCAGCCUGAUAACCCAGUUGGAGGGCCAAACAAAAAGAGGAAGAGUGAGGGCGUAGACGUGAGUGCGGCUGGACCAAGUGAAGAAGCAGUGGAUAAGGGAAAGAAUCUGCUCGAGAAGAUGGGAUGGAAUCAAGGAGCGGGAUUGGGGAAUAAGAAUGAUGGGAUAGUCAACCCAGUUGAGAGUCUCAUCUAUGAAGGUAAAGCGGGUCUGGGGGCGAGUAAGGGCAAGGAUAUUGGAUAUGCUGGUAGGGGAUAUCUAGAGAAUGCUAGAGUAGCAGCGAAAGAGAGGUAUGAAGAUGAUAAGUCGUAA